CUGGUACCUUACCCCUGAACCAAUUGAAGUAAGCCCUCGAUAACUCGAUACGGCAUGUUAGCCCUACACUCAGUAUGCGGUUAUGCGGAGUUUACUCAAUGGGGUGGCCUUAUCACACAACGCCUCAGUAACGAAUGUCAUAUCAAAUCUAGAAUUUUUGAACUAUUUCACCAACAUGCGCUGGUUUGCUUAAUUAUCUUCUCUGUCAAUUAUUUUUGCUUAUUAUUUUAUUUACCAGCCCUGCCUCUCGAUGAGCCGCAUAUCUCACGCUGAGAUAACACGGUAUUUAGGACCGUUUACACCGGCUAGCUAGCCAUUAUGGAUUGGCUUCAUCUUCCGCGCCUUGGUCGUGAUUCGACCUGGUUUUAUUCGUCAACUAUAAUCGUCGGUUUGGCCGCAACUAUUAAGCUACGCCAAGGGAUAGUAGAUUACACCCAGACGGAGACUUACUGCUACCAAUUGGUGCGCACAAACUCAUUAGUAGAGCCGUACGUGAACUGCUUCUCGGUAUCGCCCACCGGAAAGUUCUCCAAGGUCUUCCAAGCUGGGGACGACACAGAGUAUGCUAAGAAUGCGAACCCUGGCUUUGCUAUGCCUGGCCUGUGGGAUGGACAUGGACACUUGCAACAGUACGGCGAGUUCCUAAACUCGGUGGACCUAUUCGGAUCAACUUCCAUGGACGAUGUUCGAUCUCGUGUGUUAAGCUAUGUCGAUGAGAACCCUAAGGCCGGGUCGGAAGAGGAGUGGCUGAGAGGGGUUGGAUGGGAUCAGAUGGCACUUGGGAAGAUGCCGACUGCUGAUGACCUAGCAGUGGACAAGAAACUCGAGGACCUAUACAUUAUGCUCGAUAGAGUAGAUGUCCAUUGUAUCUGGGUCUCACAAGCGGUCUUAGACUUACUCCCGGAGUCCAUACCUGAUGUUCCUGGUGGUGAAAUCGUCAGAGAUCCGGGCAUGGGUGUCUUUUGUGACAAUGCGAUGGAUAUGGUAAUGGCUCUAUGGCCUAAGCCGAACGAAGAGAAGAAACGACAAUUUGUGAAGAGUGCUAUGGGAAAACUGAAUGAAGUAGGACUUGUGGGUAUUCACGAUGCUGGAGUUACGCCAGGCAAUCUGAAUCUAUACCAAAAAUUAGUGGGGGAAGAUGACUGGACGGUGCGGGUUUAUGCCAUGGUCGAAUGCAGCGAACGUAACACAUUUUGCCCCAGUGAGGUUGAGCGAUACACGAGCCCGGAUGGCUUCUUGAGUAUUCAGAGCGUGAAGCUUUUUGCCGAUGGUGCCCUCGGAAGUUGGGGUAGUGCCUUGAUUGACCCCUAUACCGAUCGCCCGGAAACGUCAGGAUCUCUACUUGUCAACGCCUCCGAAUUAGUAUACGACACAAUCGCAUGGGCUAGGGAAGGUUUCCAAGUCAACAUCCACGCAAUUGGCGAUCUAGCCAACCGAAACGCCGUCGACGCCAUUAUCGUCGCCCUCAGACUUCUCUGUCCCGACGAGUCUCUCUCACUCUGCCAGUCUUAUCAUCGCUUCCGCAUCGAACAUUCCCAGAUCAUUCACCCAGAUGACCAGGCUCGAAUCCACGCAGUUGGCAUCAUCCCCUCUAUCCAACCCACACAUGCUACGAGCGACAUGACAUAUGCAGAGACGAGAUUAGGCAAGGAACGCACCAUAAGCGAGGCGUACCGAAUGCGCUCCCUACUCGACGUUAACCCCGUCCUAGGUAGCGAUUUCCCUGUAGAGCCGCCCAAUCCGUUCCAAGGUAUCUACGCAGCUGUCACGAGACGCAGUCCGCAUACGGGUCGAGGUACGGAUGAUUCGCCCGAUGGGUGGUACACAGCUGAGGCUCUCGACCUAGACCAGGCGAUCAGGGGGUUCACUGAGGGACCUUCGUAUGGAGGUUUCUCGAAGGGGAGGACUGGAGUCAUCAAGCCGGGUGCUUACGCAGAUUGGGUAGUCCUGGACAAGCCCUUGGAGAAGAUAGAUAUCGAGGACCUACGCUCCUUGAGGGUUAAAGAGACGUGGGUUGGCGGCAAGAAGGUGUAUUCUCGGGAGUGAUGUAAUUGAUAAGAGAUACAUAGAGGAAUACAGCUGCAGGAUACUUGUUGACUUGACUUUGUUUAUUUUAAAAUCUUCUAAUUCUAAGCGUAUUUGUGAG